GAAACUAAAGCGGCUAAAUCAGUUUUCACAUCGAAAUGUUGCGAAAAUUGCGAUCAAGGUGAACCGUGGAUCUCAGUUGCCCCGAAUAAAAUGUAAUAACGUUGCCACUGCAAACCGCAAUACUCCGACAGCACGAUGUGGCGGAGCAGUAGCUUUAGGGCCUUUGCGCGAUGGGGCCUGUGUCAGCACUACAGACCGAAGGCAAAGCCAACAAAAGAGGACAGGUUGCUCACUCCAACUAGUACCUUUGGAACCCAGCACGACGGACAUUCAAAUUACAAAAAAGAAACUUCCAACGACAACAGAUAUUUUGCGAGAAAACCGGACUUCUCUUUCUUAGAAACAGUCGGAUGGGUGGGGACGUUGUUGACAGUCGGCCUCAACUUAAACCUACACUCUAAACAGACCAGCAACAAUGAGGUUGCCUCACCUACAAAGGGCAGCUGCUCUCCAUCAUCAGCAUCGUCAUUCAGCAUAUGCAGUUUGCUGCAAAAUUUCUUGCUGAAGUUCGCACUCGCAUCACCAUUGAAUGGAUUGAGCUCAUCAAAGUCUGUGUUGCCAGAUGAACCCAAGCAGACAUUGCAAACAGAACGCAAAGACACUUCGAUAGAAGCAAAGGAUAACUUGUCUUUGAAACCGGGCGAGCAACUGGAGCAGAUAACGAGGGAAUACUUCGGCCAGCUAGAAAACCUGACGGGGACGGAAUUGUAUCCCUCAAAUGCUACGAGGGCCGUGGAACACUUCGAAAGGGCAACGGCGCUCGGUGUGAGCAGCGCGCACUACAACCUCGGCGUCUGCUACGAGAACGGGACCGGCGUCGCUGCGGACGAGGCCAGGGCCGCAUAUCACUACCGCGAGGCUACACUGGAUGGUCACGGAUUGGCGACGUACAACCUCGGAAUCUUUUACUUGGACGGACGAGGCGGACUACGUCGAGAUCCGGAAAAGGCCGUGAAACUUAUCAAGAAAGCGUCAGUGUUGGGUGUUCCUCAGGCCAAAACGUACAUGGGACAACACUACUUCCACCAGAGUGCCUGGGAGAAAGCCUUGCCGCUCUUCAGGGAAGCGGCUAAGAAAAAGGAUGCGGACGCCUCGUACUUCCUGGGCUACUGCUACGAGAAAGGGCUCGGAGUGGGACGCGACCUGCAGGCUGCGGCGCAACAUUACAGGGACGCAGCUUCUGCAGGCGAUGAAGUGGCUGCGGCAGCACUCAAAGAACUACCUCAGUAUUUUGAACCCGAAACACCCUCAUCUGUUCCAGAAUCGGCUGAGCCAGAGGAGCGCAGUUACUACACCACCACCACCACCAGUACAUCACCACCUAAGGAACCUGCACAGCUUCACCACUCAUCAUCAUCCCCUGAAUUGAGCCGGUGGGGUUCCUCACAACCACCCGCCAAGCACAACGUCCCCAUUUCACAGUACUUAAAUCUCAUGCUGCCAAACAUCAUCUCUUACCCGCGGAGUAAAUUUGUCGUGGGAGACAAUCUCGACCCUGCACCUGAAAGUAUUAGGGCUUGCCAUGAAGUGUGUGCAGCUGUGUAAUGUUUUGUACAUAGCUGGAAUGUUACAUUGUGAAUGCACAUUUUGAAAGGUAUAUAAAUAUAAUAUGAUGAUUGUGUACAAGAUGAAACGUGCCAUGUAAAUAAAUGGACUGUAUCUGUAUUAACUGUUAA